CUCGCUCCCCUCCCUGCUCUGCUUUUCUCUUCCCGUCUGAGGUGGCGGCCGGCCUCGCCUCCUCAUCAGCUCCAUUUUACCACCCCUGUGGGUUUCCUUUUUUCCCUCGAGUCCGAGGACGGCCUGCGCAUCUUCCCGCCUCCUGAGGGUGGCUGCAGAGCCCCGCGCUUUCUCCUGUCUCGGGUCUUCAGUGCGCGCCCUGCCCAGUCAUGAAUGAGGAGUACGACGUGAUCGUGCUGGGCACCGGCCUGACGUUAUACAAAAGAUUUAAAUUACCAGGAGUACCUCCGGCAUCAAUGGGGAGAGGAAGAGACUGGAAUGUUGACUUAAUUCCCAAGUUCCUCAUGGCUAAUGGUCAGCUGGUUAAGAUGUUGCUAUAUACAGAAGUUACUCGAUACAUGGAUUUCAAAGUGAUUGAAGGGAGCUUUGUCUAUAAGGGAGGAAAAAUCUAUAAGGUUCCUUCUACUGAAGCAGAGGCCCUGGCAUCUAGCUUAAUGGGACUGUUUGAAAAACGUCGCUUCAGAAAGUUCCUAGUGUAUGUUGCCAACUUUGAUGAAAAAGACCCUAGAACUUUUGAGGGCAUUGAUCCUAAGAAGACCACAAUGCGAGAUCUGUACAAGAAAUUUGACUUGGGCCAAGAUGUUAUAGAUUUUACUGGGCAUUCUCUUGCACUGUACCGAACUGAUGACUACUUAGAUCAGCCAUGUUGUGAGACCAUUGAUAGAAUUAAACUUUACAGUGAGUCUUUGGCAAGAUACGGCAAAAGCCCAUACCUUUAUCCACUUUAUGGCCUUGGAGAACUGCCACAAGGAUUUGCAAGGCUAAGUGCUAUUUAUGGCGGUACCUACAUGUUGAAUAAACCAAUUGAAGAAAUAAUUGUGCAGAAUGGAAAAGUGGUUGGUGUAAAAUCUGAAGGAGAGAUUGCUCGCUGUAAGCAGCUCAUCUGUGACCCAAGUUAUGUAAAGGAUCGGGUAGAAAAAGUGGGACAGGUGAUUAGAGUUAUAUGCAUCCUCAGCCACCCCAUCAAGAAUACCAACGAUGCCAAUUCCUGUCAGAUAAUUAUUCCACAGAACCAAGUCAAUCGAAAAUCAGAUAUCUAUGUUUGCAUGAUCUCCUCUGCACACAACGUGGCAGCACAAGGGAAGUACAUUGCCAUUGUUAGUACAACUGUGGAAACCAAAGAACCGGAGAAAGAAAUCAGACCAGCUUUGGAACUGUUGGAACCAAUUGAACAGAAAUUUGUUAGCAUCAGUGACCUCCUUGUACCAAAAGAUUUGGGAACAGACAGCCAGAUCUUUAUUUCCCGUGCGUAUGAUGCUACAACUCACUUUGAGACAACCUGUGAUGACAUUAAAGACAUCUAUAAAAGGAUGACGGGAUCGGAGUUUGACUUUGAGGAAAUGAAGCGCAAGAAAAAUGACAUCUAUGGGGAAGACUAACAGCAGUAAAUGUUAAUAUCUAAUUAGGACAAAUUUAAAAUUUGGCAAAUAAUACAUAUUGUAUGAAAUCAAUAUUGUAAGGCCUGCUUUUGUAAUCACAAUGGAGAUUGAAGAGCGCUAUACCAGUGAAUAUUCCCCUUCAUCUUUCUAAUCUUAUGUAUUAACUUCUCGUGGACUGGCUAUUCAGACUGACACGUUACCAUUCUGUUCAAUUUAACCAGGCUGGCUUUUUUCUAGUGAAGGAACAGUUUUAAAAAGGUUGUGCUACCAAUACAGAGAACUUGAUACAGUAUUUGUAUCUUUUAAUCAGUGUAGACUUUGCAGUUUUGUUUUUGCUGCUCAAGAGGGGGAUCCAUACAGUGUGUGCAGUGCCAUCUUGACAUUAAGGAGAUUCUAAGUUGAAUAUUCCUUAGUUUUGGACAGCAUCUUUAAGUUUUUCCUAUGCAUAUUUUGUGUUAUGUCACAUAAUUAUGGGCAGGGCCCACAUAGUAUAGCCACAAGUUUGGUUUAUGUGGACAUAUACUUCUAACCAAACUCCAGACUGAGGGAGUGUGUGGAGAAAGCCAGUAUGUGUUGUAUUAACCUAGGAAAAUGGAGAGAAGGGGAAGGGAACUUAUCUAAAGCAGGUAAAAUGUAGAACCAUCUUUUGUAUCCCAGGUGCGGCUUCUUCCAUGGACCAAGCUGCAAUGCAGUAUUGAUUUGACAGAGCCUCUAUCAACUUCAAUGAUGUCUGUCUCAAAAUGGCUCCAAAUGAUUUCUGUACUGCAAAAUAAAGCCAAACUCUGGAAACCAC